AUGUUCAAAGCCUCUCUGUUAGCCUUCAUGAUGAUUGUUGCUCUUUUUUGUUUGAUAAUUUUUACCGCCAAUUCUGUAAAUUCACAAGAAGAAAAAAGUAGCACAACACCUUCUGCUGCUGGCAAUGUAAAAAGUGGUAUUGUUGUGGAGGAAAUUGGUGAGAGUCCAUUGUUGAAGGAGAAACCAGUCGGAACACCUAAUGUUGCUUCUGUUGAUGGAAAAUCGACAGAUAUUCCAGUCUUGGGAGAGGAUGAAGAUGAUGAUUUUGAGGAUUAUGAUCCUGAUGAUUUUGCAGUUUUGGGUAAUGAAUGGUUGUUGAAGGAAAUUAAGGAAAUUGAGGAACAAAUUCAAACAGUUUCAUCAGAUGAUGAAGAUGUGGGAGAUGUUACUGCUAAAUCACCUGAAGCUAAUGCUACACAAUCUAUUUAA